AUGGCAUACCCAAGCAUAGGCGACUUCGUCCCCCAGCUCGCGGGCCUCUCCCACCAAGUCCCCAGUUCGCGACCCCCCAGUCUAGGCGGACAGAACUUCACGCACUGCUGCCUCCUAGCCCUGAACGACUCGCUCACGAUCCCAGAAGAGGGCAACCUCUCCUACGCCUCGCCGUCCUUCGUAGCGCCAGGUGUCUCCAUCGACACGCUCACCUCGUCCAUCCAGAACGAGGACGACUUUGCCUGUGGCGCAAGAUUCCAAGGCUCCACGACGGGCGCGCCUGCAAUUAAGGUGCCGUACACCUGGUGCGCGGCCCAGUGUCCCGGCUGGGAGAUCUCGCGCUCGAAUGUUAGGGGGCAGUGGGUUGGGCCCCUGGUGCAGUUCAUCGUGCCGAGCCUCGCGUUCUGCACCAAUGUCCCGCGGACGCGCAAGUUGCGAAUUCCGGAUGUGGUGUUUAAGGCAAGGCCCCGGACCGUGGUGGGGUUCUGUUCGUACUGGGUUCGCCUGCUGGGCGCGCUCGUGAUGGUGACAGUCGAUACUGUGGUCUGGCUGGCCAUCUGUUUCGCAUUUGCGGGACCCAUGCUGUUGAGUGCGGUUUAUGAGUAUGCGUUGGACCGCAAGGUGCUCGAGUUCAUGUCUGUGGCUCCGUCAACGGCGCUGCCGAUGAGGUUGCGUGCGCAGUUGUUGUUGGCGGUUGUGGCAGGCAAUAUUCGCAUGGCGACAUUGGAGAGAAGUGAGGACAUCGGGGCGGAUGGAUGUCGUGAUGGUGUAGUUGACGAUCCGGAGAAUGGUAACAGAAAGCUGGUUCCCGGCCAUCGACUAGUGCACAAUAGUAUAUGGAAGCGCAUCAUGGUCAUGGUAGAUGACUACGAGACGGAGAGGGCAGGGGGAAGAUCGGGUGUGGAGGUGGUGUCUUUGCCGACAAAGCUCACCGCAUUGCUCAACUCACAAGCGAGUUUUGGGUCGACAAUAGGGGCACCAAUCCUGUUCUUCGUCGGUAGCUUCGUGUACACCGUCGUGGACAGCGAAAACAACCUUGGAGAUAACGAUACUGCCCAUGCGCUUGCAUUCGGCAUGUGGUGGAUGGUGAUCCCAUAUCUCGCAAUAAUCGCCUGCGCCAUGCUCGCAUCCAACAGUCCCAGCACCCUCGAAGGGCUCGUCUACGACGGUGGAAACCUCGCCCUGCCGGACAGGUACGAAACAACCUUCUGGGCGCAGCAGCUACAGAAGUUGAAAGCAUACAAACCAAUCUCCAUAUUCAUGAAGCAGAUCGAGGAAUACAAUCCCUUUGAGACAGCCUUCGAAGGCCGAUUCAAAACCGUAAAGCUGUGGAAAAGGGGCCUGAACAAGCGCCAGUGGGUCCAGGAGGCGAUCAACGAUUACACGGCCUCCGCACCCGACGACGACCGCCAAGAUAACAGCUGGAUCGCACCCACCGAACUGCGCGAAGCGCUAGCGUUAAACACUCAGGAUUGCUGCUACAUCGCCGUAGGCUCGCUACUCCUGCUCCUCGCGCCAUGUCUGCUCGCCUUCCUCACCUCGUACAACACGCCGCGGGCCGGGCUGUCCUGCCGCAGUCUCACGUACCUUGUCUACGCCGUCAGCCAGGUGUGCGAGAUGAUGCUGUGGACGUACGCGUCGAGCCUGAAGAUCAAGCACGGCACGCGCUGGUACGAGGCGAGUCCCGUGGCGGAGCGCGUCUGCUGGUACGGACAGGUGUUUGUGGGGUUCUUCGCCGUGUUCGCUGCCGUUGGUGGUACCAUGAUGCAGCUGCUGGGUGUCUAUCGCAGUUGCGCCUGCAAAGUUCCGGCGACGUACUGGACGAGCCUGAGGAGCCCGGACGCCUAUAUCAUCCUGAGCGACAAUACCGCUGAUGAUAUACUGGCGGCAAGGCAGUGGUGGACAGUCACUGGGAGCACGGCGGUGGGUGUUGUGGGUAUAGUAUGUGCUUUGGCCUGGUGGCACCAACGACGUUUGCGGAAUGUGUUUCGAGAUGAAGCAAACAUACUGAAAGAGGAUGAGAUCUGUUCGAAGGAGGCCUGA